AUGUUUACAGCAACAAAUCGACCACCUGAUUUCGACAUUGAGCUGGCCAAGAUGCUCGUCACGGCCACUGAUGAAAUCUUCGAGGCUCUCAAGUCUCAACGAGUGGGCAAAAUCUUCAUCUGCUUCAACGAAUCGAAGAAUUGGAAUAUGAACGGCCUUCUCGAAUGCUAUACUCUCAAGUUCAGCUACACUGAGCUUGGUAGUUUCCACAUUUAUAUCGACCGGACUGGGAUGAUUGACGAUCCCCUGAAAGAAAAGGUCUCGCCGGACGCCUUCAAAUCUCUGAAACAAAUAAUCAAUGGCUGCCCACAGCUUCCGGAUGUCUUUUACACGCACAUGUUUGUUUCCCCGGUCGACAGCAAGACCAAGCUUGAUGGUGCUUGGGGUAGCAAUGGUCAUGGCGUCAGAGAAGCAGUAUUGCAUCUCAAAGAAAGGAAAGGAUCGGACAGUAGUCGUAUUGGAAAGUUCAACUCAGAGCCCCCAUCGGAAGUGGCCGUCGAAGAAGCCCACGAUGCACACAGUGGGAUGCUUCCGGCGCACCCACCGCAUAUGACAAGCGAUGGAUUAUCACAAGCGCGUUAUAUCGAUCGCGCUGGCACACAGGCUCAAGUCGCGUAUGCGAAUCACUCAUCCAGCUCGACCUAUGCAGAACCGAUCUUAGCCGCAUCGCCAGCCAGCUCGGGAUCUGAGACAGGUGUCAAUGGGGAGCAGAGAAAGCCGCAGAAGUCCCUCGAGCCUCGCACCCACCAGCAAGACACUACUUGGGCUGCCUUGUAUCAUGACCCAAGGUUCUACUCAUACGAUGGACAAUCUGCGGAUGGUAAUCAUGGUGGAGAUGAAAAGGCGCACCCUAGCCUGUCUUUCACAUCUACGCCGGUAGACCAAUCCCUCCGCAGGAGCUCGAGGAAACGCUCGGCACCACAGGACCGCUCUGCGUCUGUCAUCCAGCAACAGGGAGAAAAGACAAAAAUUAUACCCAAGCUUGAUUCCCGACUUACCGUGAUUGACGAGCGGAACGCAAACAGACCGCGAAACAGACAGGAAAUGCACAGCAGCAACCAGAAGAUGUUCUCCAGCUGGUGA